ACUAACCGGGUAACACAUCUUGGCAACACAACUUCAUGUAGGGUGGAGAGUGCACACUCUGUGUUGAAGCGGUGGCUUCACACGUCGACCGGCGCGCUCGAUACAAUGUGGCAGAAGAUUGAUGCGGAGAUCAAGUCCCAGAUGACUGGAAUAAGCCAGGAUAACCAGAGGCAGGAUAACCAGAGUGCAUGGACAGAUGUUGAUGUAUUUCGAACGUUUGUCCAAGAGGUUGAAGAGGGCGAUCCUGCGACGAUUCGCUACAUGAAUCACCUCAUGUACGCUCAGCUUUACCCGGAGCAACAAGCUUAUGCAGAGCCUGAGGUUAAGGAAAAUACGCGAGGUCGUCCCAAGAAAACUGAUUCAACUAAGCGUAAACUAUCGCGCUGGGAGUACAGGGAUAAUUCGAGAGGUCGUCCGGUGGGCCGUACAAGCACUUUUUUGCACGGACCGACAAACACUUCUUCACGCGGAACGAAAAACACUUCUUCACGUGGACCCACAAGCAGCCAGUCUUCUCAACCGUCACAAGAGGCACCACAAG